UCAUCAUAAUGAGACUCGUCGUUCUGCUCUCAUGAGUCUGCUACAUGCAAGCAGAGAAUGUCUAUGCAAGUGUGACAUGCUACCUGUAUUGAAUAAGUUAAAUCGCUGCAUGACAGUAUGAGGUCAGUAAGGUGAAUUCAUACCAUUAGGCCUACCACCGAUUGUAUAACUCUGAACUCUCAUAACUUCGCAUUGGCACUUUGGCAGGCACGGCACGGACGGGCAGGCAGGUCGAUGGUCAGACUAGCUCGUUGGUAACAUAUAGUAAGCCUUAGCUGCUACUUGCUCUUACUGUUUACAUUAGUUAACAGAUGUGGGGACGAAUAUUUCUGAAUCCCACUGUUGGCAGAGCACUUGUUUGGACUCGAAGACAUUUCUUCACCAUGCAGUUGAAAACGAAGGAUUUCCAGUCAUUAUUUACAGAUGGACUAAAUGGCAUUGCAGGCCUGUUUGAAAAGAACAAGUUUGAGUUGAGGAUUGCUGGAGGAGCAGUACGAGACCUUCUGUCUGGGAAGCGACCAGAGGAUGUGGACUUUGCCACCACCGCUACCCCUGAGGAGAUGAAGAGAAUGUUCCAAGCUGCAGGAGUACGCCUGAUCAAUAACAAAGGCGAACAACAUGGAACCAUCACAGCCCGGCUGCACGAUGAAAACUUUGAGGUGACCACCCUGCGUGUGGAUGUCCAGACUGAUGGGCGGCACGCAGAAGUGGAGUUCACCACCGACUGGGAGAAGGACGCAGAGCGCAGAGACCUCACCAUCAACUCCAUGUUUUUAGGACUGGACGGAACUCUGUAUGACUACUUCAAUGGGUAUGAAGACCUCCAGAACAGAAAAGUACGGUUUGUUGGCAGUGCCUCCCUCAGAAUACAGGAGGACUACUUGCGCAUUUUACGAUAUUUCAGGUUCUAUGGCAGGGUGGCCAAUGAACCAGGAGCGCAUGAUCCCAAAACCCUGGAGGCCAUCAGAGAGAACGCCCGUGGCCUGGCGUCCAUAUCUGGGGAGCGCAUCUGGGUGGAGCUGAAGAAGAUGGUGACAGGAAACCACGCUGCACAUUUAUUAGCGCUCCUCUAUGAGCUGGAGCUGGCACAGUACAUGGGUUUGCCACCAGAGGGCAAUGUUGAGGAGAUGAAACAGGUGUGGAGCUGUGCCCAGAGCCUGUCUCCAAAGCCCAUGACCAUUCUGUCAGCCCUGUUCCGCAGAACGGAUGAAGUGGACAAGCUGGACCUGCGGCUCCGCAUCUCCAAAGAGGAGAAAACCCUGGGCCUCUUCCUGGUCAAACACAGACGGGACCUUGUGAAGGGUCAAGAUGAGGAUGACCGUCUCAGGCCAUACACAGAUUUCAUCAUUGACAGCCGGGAGGUGGAUAUUCAGAGUAAAGUGUGUGAGCUGCUCAAAUACCAAGGCGAGGAGAAGCUUCUAGCGGAGAUGACCAGCUGGUCCAUCCCUCGUUUUCCCGUCAGCGGGCACGACCUGAGGAAGAUGGGCAUCACAUCGGGCAAGGAGAUCGGCACCAUUCUGCAGGGCCUACGCGACACGUGGAAGAAGAGCCGCUACCAGAUGGACAAAGAGGAGCUCCUCAGUACAGUCCAUCAAUCCUGACGACCAACUUGUGAAGUCAAGUGGUGUUUGUUGAUAAUGACAGUCCUGAUGAAUGCCCACAACUGUGAAGCCACAAUUUCAAAUGGAGACUCUGGAGUUGUUGUGAUUUUGUAGGCGUCUUCUCAUCAACUACAGUGUGGACGAUGACUACGAGUAAUAACAAGCUGCAGCUGUGGUAUUUGCAAUUUGCAUGAAUAAUUUGAGUUCUAUUAUAUUUUGAAAGGCCAUGGGCACUGGCAAGAUGGUGGCUAUUGUAGCAGAAACGCUUCCCUCAUGGAUCACAUAAAGACUGCAUCGUUUUGUGUUUUGGAGUGAUAAUUGCAUUAUUGAUGAAGUACAGAGCAUUGAGAGGCAUUUGGCAUUGUGCCGAUGUUUUUUCAAUGCAUCACAGAGGUGCUGAGGUACCUUAACUUCCUGUUCUUUCCCAAUAAAUAAUUCUUAGAGCUCA